AUGGUGAAGAAUGACCAGCUGGUCUACAUCGGCCUGGAGAUGGUGAUUGCCUGCUUGGCUGUGGCUGGGAACAUCCUGGUGUGCUGGGCUGUCUGCCUCAACUCCAACCUGCAGAGCAUCACCAACUUCUUUGUUGUAUCGCUCGCAGUGGCUGACAUUGCUGUGGGGUUGUUGGCCAUCCCAUUUGCUAUCACUAUUAGUAUUGGCUUCUGUGCCAACUUCCAUGGCUGCCUGUUCAUCGCCUGCUUCGUCCUGGUGCUCACCCAGAGCUCUAUCUUCAGCCUGCUUGCUAUCGCUGUGGACCGUUAUAUUGCUAUCAAGAACCCACUCAGGUACAACAGCCUGGUGACAGGGCAGAGGGCAAAGAGCAUCAUUGCACUGUGCUGGCUGCUCUCAGUGAGCAUCGGCCUAACACCGAUGCUGGGCUGGAACGAAGGUUUGAACUCCACCAUUACCAACAGCAGCAACAAGAGGAGCUGUCCUGAAGGCAUGAUAGAGUGCCUGUUUGAAAGAGUGGUUGGUCUGGAUUACAUGGUCUAUUUCAAUUUCUUUGGCUGUGUGCUGGUGCCCCUGAUGGUCAUGCUGGUCAUCUAUGCCCACAUCUUCAUGGCAGCACGGCGCCAACUCCGAUUGAUGAGGCUCAAAGUUGCGCACACACCUGCUCCACAAGACAUAACCUCACGCUCAAGCUCGUCACGUACGACCCUGCAGAAGGAAGUGCAGGCUGCAAAACCACUGGCCAUCAUCGUAGGUUUGUUUGCUCUUUGCUGGCUUCCUGUGCACCUACUGAACUGUUUCAACUACCUAUGUCAAAACUGUGAACGGCCACAUAUCUGGGUGAUGAAUAUUGCUAUCAUCCUCUCUCACGCUAACUCCGUUGUGAAUCCCUUCAUCUAUGCCUACCGCAUUCGGGAGUUCAGACAGACCUUUCGGAGAAUCCUGUAUCAGCACUUGUUAGGGCAGAGGGAUGGACACGGGUUUAGUGUGAGGAAUAAUGAUGGCAGAGCUGUUGCAUGCGGUAGUAUCACGCGGAGCUCUUCUCGUACUAGUAAAGAAGGCUCAUCAUGUAUCACAGUGGUGAAUAGUUAUGCCAUGGACCCAAGUCUUGAUAGAACCCCUCCAAAAGCUACUUGUAAACCCUCUAGCCAUUGGACAUCAAUGUUAGAUGCUGCACCAAGCAGCUACUUACCCAAUGGAAACCAAAUAAAGGGUAGUACUGCUUCAGCAACACAGCAGGAACCAUGCAUCACAGGAUUUUCUGUGGGGGAUGGAGUCGAGUCAAUCACAUAUCUUGGGGGGACAACAGAUGUUUUGGAGGUGAGAGAAAGUGGAAGUUGUAUUUCUUUUGUGAAUGUUCAGGCUCUCUCCCUACAACAGACUGGCCUCACACACUGCACAGAACUUCCAGAAUUCUCAUGA